AUGCAUCGACCGAUAGUCGCUCUCGCUUUGGGCUUAGCCGCCACGUUCCUCCCGUAUGCUGCUGCUGCUGCUGCUCCAUCCGACUCAGACUGGCAAGCAUUGCAUGAUGCCGUGGGCGGGAGACUCUUCACGGCGGAGCCCCUCGCCCGCCCAUGUUUCUCCAUGUUCAACGGGCAGGCUGUGAAGCCGGACGAGAACCGAUGCGCCGUCGUCGCAGGAGAUUACCGGAACGGCAGCAUUGGGACGGACUCGUACGCCAGUUUCGUGCACACAUACAACGAGGCAUGCGCGUCCAACGUCACAGACCAGUGCCUCCCGCCGACAGGGGACUUCACUGCGGGCUCCGUUUCCGGGCAAUGCAAUCAGGGCACUCUCUCUGAGAGAUACAUCACCGUGGCCGGCGCCAAGGACGUACAGGCCGCGCUCGGCUUCGCGCGCCGGACAGGCGUGACGCUCUCUGUCAAGGCCACCGGCCACGACUACGCCGGGCGCAGCAGCCGGAAAGGCUCCCUGGCACUAUGGACCCGCAAGCUCGACAGCCUCGACUACGCGCCGAGCUUCACGCCCCUCGGCAGCUCAGCGCCACCGGUCCAGGCGCUCACGAUCGGCGCGGGCGUGAAUCUGGGAGAGGUCUACGCCUUCGCCGACCGCCACAACGUGACCUUCGUCGGCGGCUCCUCCGGCACCGUCACGGCGGCCGGCGGCUACACCCUCUUUGGCGGACACGGCGUCCUGACGCCCCUCUACGGCAUGGGCGCCGACCGCGUGCUGGAGUUCCGCAUCGUCACGCCUGAUGGCGAGUUUCGCACCGCCAACGAGGCCACGAACCCCGAUCUCUUCUGGGCGCUGCGGGGAGGGGGCGGCGCCGCCUUCGGGGUCGUCCUCGACGCCACCUUCAAGGUCGAGCCCGCCAUGCCUCUCACGCUGUCUCUGAUGCGCUUCGACGCCACCGCCACCAACACCGGCCCUUUCCUCUCGCUCCUCAUGAACCGCUCCGCCGCCUGGGCCGAGGAGGGCUGGGGAGGGCCCAUGGACGCGUCGACGCUCGCCCUGCUCACACCAACUCUGGACCUGGACGUCGCCAAUCGCUCAAUGGAGCCAGUGGCCGCCUACGUCACCGCGCAGGGCGGUACCGUCGUCCUCGAGCGGCAUCCCUCCUUUUACUCCUUCUACACCAAGUAUGUGGCGGCUUCAAGCUCAACUGGGGCCGGCACCGCCACGUUCGCCACCUUCCGCGUCCUCCCAAAGCGUCUGCAUCGCUCCGAGGAAGGGCGUGCGGCCGUGGCGAGCACGUUCCAGGCCAUGAUGGCCGCUGGUCUCAAGCCUUACGUCUUCCAGACGGCGCCGUCGAGCUACGCGCACACGCCGGGCUCCAACGCUGUACACCCGGCGUGGCGCGACAGCUACUGGCUGGUCGGCACCUCGCUCUCUUGGGAAUCCAACGGCGCAGGCCUAGAAGAGCGUGUUCGGGCGGCGGCCCUGCUGCAGGAGGUGUCGGGCAACCUUACGGCGCUGGCACCGGAAGGCAGCAUGUAUCCGAACGAGGCUGACCCCUGGACCGAGGACUGGCGGAGGGAGUUCUGGGGCGAGGAGAAUUACGAGAAGCUGCUGCAGAUCAAGCGCAAGUACGACCCGGAUGGGCUGCUUAGCUGCUGGAAGUGCGUCGGGUUCGAAGACAAGGAGAUGGAAACAGAUCCCGCGUACAGGUGCAUGGGGGCGUUUCAGAGAACGAGUACAUGA